AUGGCGGAGAGUAUCAAAGUUGUUUGUCGUGUGAGACCCUUAAAUGAAAAUGAGAAAGCUAGGGAUAAUAACUACUGUGUAAGCUUUCCACCGGACUGCUCAAAUCUCAUAAAAUUGGAAAGAGAUAAAACCUAUGCAUUUGAUCAUGUUUUCCAACCUAAAACCCAACAAGUGGAUAUUUACACUACAGUUGCAAAACCUAUUGUCGCUGAUGUUCUCAAUGGCUAUAAUGGAACUAUCUUUGCUUACGGUCAAACGGCCAGUGGCAAAACAUUCACAAUGGAGGGUGUUCUUGGAGACCAGACAUUGCAAGGGAUCAUUCCUAGAAUAGUUCAUGACAUUUUUAAUCACAUUUAUAAUAUGGAAGAGUAUCUUGAAUUUCACAUCAAAGUUUCUUAUUUCGAAAUUUAUUUGGACAAGAUUCGUGAUUUACUUGAUGUUACUAAAAGCAAUCUUUCGGUACAUGAGGAUAAGAAUCGUGUCCCUUAUGUGAAAGGAGCCACGGAAAGAUUUGUUUCUACACCCGAGGAUGUCUUUGAUGUUAUUGAUGAGGGGAAAGCUAAUCGACAUGUUUCUGUAACCAACAUGAACGAGCACAGUUCCCGAUCCCACUCAAUUUUCAUGUUCACUGUCACUCAAGAGAACUUGGAAACCAAGAAAAAGCUCCACGGAAAGCUCUAUCUUGUUGAUUUGGCCGGUAGUGAAAAGGUUGCUAAGACUGGUGCAGAGGGAAGUACUCUUACUGAAGCGAUGAAUAUCAACAAAUCUCUUUCUGCUUUGGGUAAUGUUAUUAACGCUCUCGUGGAUAAUCAUCCCCACGUUCCCUAUCGAGACUCCAAACUGACUCGUAUCCUGCAGGAAUCUCUUGGUGGUAACGCCAAAACCACGAUGAUUAUCUGCUGCUCGCCGUCUAGCUACAAUGAAGCUGAGACCAAAUCCACCCUCCUCUUUGGUAUGCGAGCCAAGACGAUCAAGAAUAUUGUCACUGUCAAUGAGGAGUUGACAGCUGAGGAAUGGCGCCUUCGAUAUGAACGCCUUCAAGCCAAAGCUCGUCGUAUGAAGGAAAUUAUCGAUCGAUUGGAGACAGAAUUGAAAAGAUGGAGAGCUGGGGAGAAUGUGGACACUAAGGAGUGGGUUGUUGCUGCGGAAUUGGAAAUUGAGGAAUCCACUGACGAAGCCGAAGGUGAUGUCUCCAAGGGGACACCUGCACUCCCUUCUACAACCAUUGCUUCUCCUGGUACUCCCUCUACAAGACCUGUUGUUGAUUUGGCUGCUGCUGCAUCUGUUGGUGUCAGUGAGGAACAGUUGCAUGCCCUCUAUCAACAGCUUGAUGAUAAGGAUGAAGAGAUUACUAAACACUCUCAGACUAUUGAACGUCUUCGUCGACAACUCGAGGAGCAGGAGCAGCUGCUUCGUGAUGCUCGUAUUGAGGCUGAUUCAAGUUCCGCAGAUGCCACUCAAUACCAUGCUGAAUGGCAGUCAGCGAAGGAGGAGGCCAAGGACAUUCUUCAAGCCCUUGAAGAGCUAGCCUUGGCCCACGCCCAGCGCGAUACCGAGCUGUCAAACCUUGAGCGCGAACUCGAGGACACUAAGGAGAAACUUCAACAGACUGAUUUGACCAUCAAGGAUAAGGAGAGCGAGGUGCAGUUGGCUCGUGAUUCCCUUGCUACACAGCGCAAAAAGUAUGCUGAAGUGGUUGGCACCCUCAUUCGAGAUGUCCUUGACGUGGGUGAAUGCAUGAGCAAUCAGCUUCAGAAACCCAAUGUGAAUAUUGGUGAGAGGCUUGAUGAAGAGGUCACUGUUAUGCGACUCUACAUGAAUAAGAUGAAGACGGAGGCCAAGAUGCUUCACUCGAGAGUGAAUCAACUUGAGGAGGAAAGGGUGCAGCAUGUCCAACUACUGAGGAAAUCAGAGGAUGAGUCAAAGGAGUAUGCUAUUCGUGUUCGAGAGCUUGAAACGAAAGUGCAGAGCCUAACAGACAAGGUGGAUGAUUCAGAUUCUCGCAAGCGUCAACUGCAGGACAUGGUCGAUAAUCUGAACGCCGACGUAGCUAAGCUGCGUGCCAACGAACAGCUAUUGGCUGGCUCAGGUUCAACCAAUAAGGAGAUUCUCGCGGGCCAGUCGGAGAUUCGUGUCAAACUGGACGAGGAGUUUAAGCGCCAGAGCGAACAGUACGCACAGCAAGUUAAACAUCUGCGUGAUGAGCUCGAGAGCAAGGAGAAGAAAUCCGAGGCACUUAAUGAUGAGUUGAAUCACGUCAAGUUGCAAUACGAGAAAUCUUCUGAUGAAUCCGCAGCACUGAGGAAGCAGCUAGAAGUGGCAACCGAAAGGUUAGAAGCCUUGGAGAAGGAGGCGGCUCGUCGCGAGCAAUCUAAAGAAGAUCUCAAGGCCCUAGAGGAGACUAUGGUCAAGGAAUUUAACACUCUGGCCACUCUGCGUCGUCUCUUUUCCACAACGCGAAUGAACGCCAUCAAGGCGGCGGAAGCUGCAGCUGCCGAUCAGCAGCAUCAACAAGAGGGAGGCGAGAAUGCCGAAGCAGUCGGUUUGAAAGAACUCAUCGGUGGAGAGGAUGAGGAAGACGAAUCGAGCCAAUGGGGAACUCUUGCCCAGCGAGAGAAGAUUGCCUUCCUCGAGAAUAACCUCUCUAAACUCACAGAUGUCCACAAGCAACUCAUUCACGACAAUGCCGAACUCCGUUGCGAACUGCCCAAGAUGGAAAAACGACUCCGAUCGACUGCUGAGCGUGUUCGCAGUUUGGAGAUCUCGUUGAAAGAGGCGAAGGAGGGCGCAAUGCGAGACCGAAAGCGCUACCAACAUGAAGUUGAUCGUAUCAAGGAAGCUGUGCGACGUCGUCAGACGAAUCGUAUGGGCAACCCCUCGGCCACCAUUGCCAAACCCAUUCGUGCUGGUCACGCCCCACAAACCGUUGUCGUCGGUGCCGCAAACCCCUUUUCAUAA